AUGCCUACGUUGUAUAUUAAGCCGAAAGCCGCCAGGGGACUGCAAAUGCUUGAGAGCGCAGUGAUGUUAACGAGUGGCAGUUCCGUUUGCCCGUUGCGACACUCUCCGCUGUUCUAUACUCAUGUUAUUUUCAUCAAACGAGCUUUGGCAGCCGAUGGCAAUAGCCAAUCGCCUAGGCUCACGCAAAGAGUAAAGGCAGUUGAUGAAUCGCGGGCUGGUGGUUUGGCGCGGGCUAAUGGUGCCCGUGAGAAGGAUCUUACUUUGGGACGGGCAGUCCCUAGUCCCUCGUCUCGAAGUGCUCCGGGAGAGGCACACUAUUACGCCCUUAAUUUCAAAAUGCUAUCUUCACUCACCGAAAUGCACGUUCAUGUCUCUCCAUUGGGUGAAGAACAUGCUCCUUUUUGCAUUAUGCCUGUCACGACUCUAUUACCCUCUCCCUAUAUAGAUGGAGGACGCCUCGCAGAUGCGGGAGUCCGUUCGUUUGCGAAUGGCUGUCUGGUCACUUAA